UGAGGAUCCCCCUUUUGGGAUCCCUUCCUCCCCGCCGGGGAUCGCUACCACAUCCCCAUUUAUCCCGGUUCCAUUGGGUGCAGGUAGCUCCGGGAUUGAGUUUCCCGUGUGAUGAAUAUUCAUUGGUUUGCACCCAGCCUCGACUCCUGUUUACUUAGCCGGGAGGAGCUGAGUUUCAGUUCACCUUGGCUCGGAGGAAGCCGCCGGGGCAGGUACCCGGCUCUUGCACCUGUUUCUCCUGCACCUGACGCGCAGCUGCUGCCCCUGCCGGGGCUCCUGCCCAGCCCACCGCUCCGCUUUCCUGCGAUCUGGGCUCCGGCCCUAGCCUGACAGCCUCAGAGACACUCCUGCCUCCCCCAUUCUCACUCUCCUGCCCUCACCCCGUCUCCGGGCAAGGUCUCCACCAGAGAAGUCUGGAUUAACAGGAGGUGUCCUCUGAACAUUCCGCUCCAAGGAUCAUGGCAGAUGUUGGCUGGUGGAAGUUGACCUUUUUGCGCAAAAAAAAGUCAACUCCCAAGGUGCUGUAUGAAAGUCCAGACACUUAUGCCCAUCUAGAUGGAGGUACUGAGCCCACCCGGCCUGAGGGCGGGAGUCCCAACAGUGACUUUAAUGCCCGGCUAGAGAAAAUUGUGGACAAGAACACCAAGGGCAAACAUGUCAAGGUCUCCAAUUCUGGCCGCUUUAAGGAGAAGAAAAAGGUCCGAGCCAGUCUGGCAGAAAAUCCCAACCUCUUUGAGGAUGGAGAAGGAAAAGGACAGUGAAGGAUGAGAAGGGGGAUGCUAGGUACCUCCUUCUUUCCUACCAUCGGGCUGGAUUCUGAAAAGGAAAACAGACAUUCCAGCCUCUCUGCCUACAGUCCAAGCUUUGCAGAGCAUCCUCUGUUGGCCUCCAUACCUGCGGGCAAGGAAACAUCUUAUAGAUGUAUGACUCUUUACUGGGGGAAGGCUGGCCCUGAAGGUUUGGGGCUUGUUGCAACCCCCAUAUGUAGGUUCCUUCUCAGUUAAAGGAUCUUCUCUCAGGAAAGAGAAAUUAUGAUCCUGGGAGGGUCCAUGUUCAUUGCUGCUCUAAGCGGGGCCUGCUGGGAGGGAGGAAUGGGUAAAGGUGGAGUGUCCCGUCUGUUCACCAGGAACAAGGAUCACAACUUUGAAUUGCUGCUCUCUACUUCACUUUCACCCACAGCCUUUUCCCGGUGAGAACUUUUUCUAGAAAGAAGAUGGAGUCAGGGGGAUAGGGAGACUUGAUCCCUUACCUCACCUCUGUGUGCGUUUCCUGGAACUUUGCUUAAAAAAUAUGGCCAGAGGAGGAUCUCUCAAACUUCACGUAAGACUCCAAAGGGAUAGAUUAGUACGAAUCAGUUCCUGCUAGGGACACUCCCUUCUAAGUAUGUCCAAGACAGGGACAAUGGGGAGCUACUUGACCUAUCUACUCUCCCUGCCAGGAUAUAUAGUUAAGACAAGGGCCCCCGGAUGACAUCCUGGGCUUUUAAUUUUUUUUUUUUGUUUGGUCACAAAUUUCUUUUUGCUAAUAAACAUGACUUGAAAGUGAAGGGUCCUCAUGAUGACAAUCAUUGCUAUCACUGGGGCCAGGAUGGAGGUUGGGCAGAGGUACAGUCUCUUCUAGAUGCUUGGACUAGGAUUAGGGGGCACUAUUUACCAACUCUGAAUGAAAAGGAAGGUGAAAACUGGGAUGGAAGAGCUCAGAAAGCUGCCACAAUUUGUACCACAUCUUACCAUAUGUAGUGCUCUGGCUGUGAGACUGGCAGUGUCCCUGUGAGCUAGUGUUCUUACCGGUGAAGAACACCUGCCAGUCCAGCACCUCUCACUUACCCUUCACGGCUUAUCAUGGGCCCUUUAUUAAAGCAAUUUUUUAAAAAAGCCCCAUGAACGUGGAUCAUGUGGGUGAUUGUGUGUAUGUAUAGGAUUAGGAAAUUUUCUGCUUUGUAACAUGUAGCUUUUCCCAUAUGUUCUAAAACUACCUCCUAACUAGCAUCAGGCUGUGAGGGGCCCAAUUCUAAUGUCUUCCAACUUGGUGACCAGCUUCCCUUUCCCUCUAUUCACAUUCUAUAGGGCACAGGAGAUGGGAUCCCAUUAUGGAAGCUAAAGUGGCCAGUCAUCCACGUCUACUGGUCACAACAAAUCUGAGGGUGUAACUGGGUCUGGAAAAGGACAGCUAGAUCUUGGGAGAUGAGGUUCCCUUCCAUAAUAAAUCUCACUUCUCAUUUCCAAUACCAGCGGUGGCUACUACUCAUAGCUUUUAACAAAGAUUCAUAUUCAAAGACCUUGCCCAGGUAUGUG